AUGGACACUAUUCUGGAUAAUUUUUCAAACACUGAGUUUAUUAGAGUUUGCGUUCGGGAUCCAAGGCUUCAUAAAGAUGGCCGCUGGCACACACAUGUUGACUACGAGAUCUGUUUACAUACUAAUAGCUUGUGUUUUCGAAAAAAGACCUCCUCUGUGAGACGGCGCUACAGUGAGUUUGUUUGGUUGCGUCACUGCCUGGAACAGAACGCUUUCAUAAUAGACGUGCCUAAAUUGCCACCCUGGAACCCUUUCUUCAGUCUGCAGAACACAGAACGAGUCAUCCAGAGGAUCAAGGGUCUGCAGAGGUUUUUAGAAAUUGUUCUUCAUACAUCCUUGUUGUUAUCUGAUAGUCGGCUCCAUCUGUUCCUCCAGUCAGACCUUAGCAUUACAAAGAUUGCAAGGUGUGCUGUUGGUAAGACCAGGUACACGGUAGCUGAAGCCAUUCAGUGUUCAAGAACCGGUUGUAUCAGAUCAGAAGAAAAGGUUUCAUGUGACUCUGACUGUGAAAGCACUUCAUCAUCAGGCUUGGGACUAAGUGUUGACACUUCUGGGCGAGGUAGCCCCAUCUUCUUUCAGUCUGACGGAGAUCCAGAACCCUUUUGUUCUUUUUCUGAGACUACCAGCCCACUUACUGAGUACUGA